AUGUCAUCUGCUCAAGUUCCUCAAGUUCCAGUACCAAACGGUACUCCAGCUCAAACUCAACCAUCAAAAAGACACGUUGGUAACCCAUUGUUAACUUGGAAAGAUCCUGUCAAGACUGGUAAAGUUUUCGGUUCAUUGGUUUUCUCUUUAAUUGUUUUAAAAUCUGUCAAUUUAUUAAGUCUUUUCUUUAGAUUAGGUUCAAUUGCUUUGAUUUCAUCAGCUAUCGCUGAAUAUGCUGGUAAAUUAGUUACUGGUACUGGAUUUGUUACUCGUUAUAGACCAUCUUAUAAUAAGACUUUCUCCAAAAAAACUUCAAAUUUCUUGGAAUCAUUCACCAAAGAUUUACCAGCUUUAGAAGAAGAAGGUCAAAAAUUAUUAUAUUCAUUUGAUAUUGAAAAUACUUUAAAAGCUUCAGGUUUAUUUUAUAUCUUGUACAAGAUUACUUCAUGGUUAUCUUUAUAUAAAUUGAUUUUCACUGCUACUGUUUUAACUUUCACUUUACCUGCAAUUUAUGAAAAUUAUCAAGAUGAAAUUAAUGAAGCUGUUGUUAAAUUUUCUGCUAUUGCAAGAGAAAAAGCUGGUGAAUAUGGUCAAUUAGCUCAAGAAAAAGCUACUCCAUAUUUAAAACAAGCUGAUGAAAAAUUAGGUCCUGUUUCAAAAUUUAUUAAAUCAAAAUAUCAAGUUCGUACUGCUUCAACUUCUGUUGGUGAACAAAAUGUUUCUGCUUUCUCUUCAGGUUCUGAACCAAUUUCAAACACUGGUGCUAAAAAAGUUUCAUCUUCAUCAUCAAAAGCUACAAAUCCAUUUGAAAAUGUUGAAGAAGCUGUUAAUCAAACUUCAGGUGCUCCAUCAGGUGCUAAAUCAUCAGGUGUUGCCACUUCUUCAACUUCAACUUUAGAUCCAUCAAAAGUUGCUUCAUCAGUCGAAGACUCUGCUACUGGUUAUCAUCAAACUCAAGAUAUUCAAACCAAUAUUUUCCCAGAAACCCCAAGUUCUGAACCAUCAUUAGUUGAUCAAUUAAAACAAAAAGCUUCAGAAGUUGAUGUUGAAGAUUUAAAGAGUGAUAUUGCUGCUAAUAAAGCUAAAAUUCCAAAUUUUUAA